GGAUUGUCCCUUUAAAACAGUAAAACAGUUAUCUCCCUUUAUUGGACUUUGAGUUGUGAGAUGAGGAUUUGUACGGUAUUUACUCACUGAUUUUGGUUGUUGUAAUUUGUCAAAAUGAGUAGAAGUUCUAGUAAUAUGGAUGAAUAUAAAACAGUAGGUGAUCCACUAGAAUGCAAGACCUAUUUCCCUGGCUUCAGUUACGGAGAUUUUGAUAGAAAUGGUUGUAUCAGUUCUUGGCAAAUGAGUAAAUAUUUUGAAGGUGGACGUAUGUUUGGCAUGAAGAAUAUAUUUGUUAAUGAUCUUGUUAAGAUCACUAAAAAUACUAUCAACUUUAUACUUGCUCAGCACAUACAGCUUGAACCAAAUAGUCUCUGGCUGAAAACGUGUCCUUUCUCUGUAACCCUGAAGUUGAUGCACAUUGGUUCAACUUCCUUAACUGUCAAGCAGGAAUUGAGAAACGAGAAAGACCAAUCGCUACUUGGUACUUGUGAUUUCAAGAUGGUCCGAGUUAAUCGUGAAACGAGACGUCCAGAACCUUACAGAAAAGACAUGCUUGAGAAAUAUAGUUACAUUCUUGGAACUAAUGAGCCACAAGCAUCAUUGUUUCCUGCUAAAAUUCCUGAUCUGCCAUUAAAUGCAUUUCAUAUACCGGUGUUUGUUUUACACAGUGAUACAGACAGAAAUAUUCAUUUAAAUCAAGGUCAGUUCCUACGAUAUUGUCUAGAUUGUGCAGCGAUGGCAGCAACGCAAGGGGUAUAUCGAUAUUUUAAUAAGGAUAUAUGUAAUUAUCAGGCGUUAGAUAUAUUAAUGUUAUAUAAACGAGAAGCUCUAUCGGGUGAUUUAGUAAAUGUUCAUACAUGGCAGGAUGAAAUAACACAACAAGACUUGCACUUCAUUAUUACCAAAGAUAAAAAUUCCAUAUUUUAUGCUAAAAUAAAGUUUGCUGUUAAUCCUAUAUCAAAAAUUUAACAGUAAAUUUUGUUUAAUUACUUUAUUGUUAUUAUAGAAUUGUGAAAAUUUGUUUUGAUAUCCAUUCUUAUAUUUUGAGAGUUCAAUGUCUUCUUCUCAUCAAACUAUCUGACCAGAACUAUUUCAUAUUAUCAUUGAUUUUUACAUGUUAUUUCUAAAGAUAAUCAUUAGUAAUGCAAUAUUAGAAUUGGGCACUCAUAAUUACAAUAAU